CGUCCGUUCGUUCGUUGGGUUCGUUCGCUCUCGCACCGUUCGGCUCCGGUCGUGGAAGUCGAUGCUAAGGUCGGAGUGCUGUCGCGCGAGAAGGGAGUGCCGGGCGCCUGUCUCGCCGCCCUCCCGGUCCUCGCAGUGAUCCCGAAUUUCCUCGCAAGCACACGCGCUUGCCGCUCGAGGAUGACGCUCCCGAGUAUGGUCUCGCCCGUCUGGUACGCCCGGCAUUAUUCGCGAUCGAAGACGCUGGAUCCUUGAUUGAAUCCACGAUUUGCAAAACAAAAAAAAAACGAUAAAUCAAGACCUCGCCCUUGGAAGAUUUUCGAUAUUUCAUCGUUGUCGCGGAAAUAUUCCUGUGUGCGACAAAGUGCCUCGUCUCUCAGUGGCAGCGAGUACAUAGAAGCUUCUAUCGAUUGCCAAGUGGAUUUAAACAGCUGCGUGUGUAAUCGCUAAUAAACGUCUCAUAGGAGCCUUCUUCAUUACCUCCUCGUUUAAUCGUAUAAUCGUACGGUAUAUUUCAUCGUAUAAACGAAGGGAAUUUUCUCUAUUUAUGACACUGGACAAUUGCCCUCUUGAUUGAUCAAGCGACAUUGAUCGGAUAUCGUCGCGAUAAAACGAGUUCACGCCUUUAAAGAUCCUGCACAGAGAGAACGAAAGAGGGAUAUCUCCUUGACAUUAUGGCGAGACGCACAAGGAGCCGGUAGUUCGUGGUUGGCAGGGAUGUCCUCGUGACAUGUUACCCCGUGACCUUGGCUGGCGCAACUACAACGUCCUCCGUGGCGAGGGUCGUCUUUUGGUGCGCGGGUCAAGCGGCAAUACAAACGGGCGAUCGGUGUCCUUUAAUCCACGCGAGAUCGAGUAUCGCCUGCUGCCGCUGGUGCAGGUCAAGCCUGACUUCGUGAUUCCAUAUGUGCUCUGCUGGCGGGUGCCAGGCGCAAUACAUCGCAUCCAGAUUAAUCCGUCGGUCGUCCAUCAUCAUCACCAGCAGCAGCAGCAACAGCAGCAUCAACAAUCGCAGCAUCACUAUCAACAACAGCAUCGUCAGCGUCGACGACACUUUGAAGGAGCGCCGCGGGCACGUCCUACGCCACCGCCUUCGGAACAUCGUUUUACGUACGGCGCGCAGCGUGACAUCCUUGCGGAUUCUGGUAUGGAAACAAGGUAAGCAAGUUGGCAUCUAUAUCCAAUUGUGUUCAUGUCAACGCUUAGGUACACAAGACUAAGGUUUCAUCAAUAAAUUUAAUGAGCUAGUAUCAAGGUAUGCCUUAUUUGAACAUUGAUUUAUUUCUAAUCUGCCUACUCCCUUCCUGCCCUUUUCAUCUCUCUCUCUUAUUCGAGAUGUUUUAGUUUAACUUAAUUAAAAAUUGCAAGUUUCAUUAAAAUGUUAAAUUCGAGAUAAAAAAAUAUAUUUGCCGCUAGCAGAUUACACAUGUUGUCGGAGAUUGAAUUUGAAGAGAGGAGGAAGGGAAACAUUACUUAAAUGUUCCUUUGCAAAACGCUUGAAUUCGCGAUAAAGUUAAGCCGUUCAUAUUUCUGGGGUGAAAUGUUUUUAGUUAAUUCAGCGGAAUGAUUUCUUUGAAGUAUCAAGAAUUAGAAUUACACUACUGAUAAUAAGAAAAAAUUGUUGAUAAACUUUAUUUUGGAAGCAAGGUACUAAUCUCGCAAUCGGAUGCGCGACGCGAAUCUCGCGCGCAGAGCUCCACGGGAUAGAAAGCGCUCGACCUAAUCGGCGUGUCGCAUCGCGUCUUGCAUCUCAUCGCGUCAGAUGAUAUCGUCAGCUCUGGGCUCUUGUGACGAGCGAGCGGGUGGAAACACAGCCCGCGCCGCGUGGUGGCCUCGCGGCUCCUUGACACGAUAGCACCGCUACCACCACGAUACGCCGCCCACGAUAUUAGCGAGCGGAGUGUCGAGCGCACUUCUCUCCCGCAGGAGGUCAAGAACAAAAAGAGAAAGAUCCUACGUGCAAUCUCCCGUCAUCCCGCCCUAUACGACGGGCGUCUCUAGCGACGCCUAGAGCCGUCUCUUCGCCUAGAAUCGCGGCCACGGGGGACGAUCGAUCGAUAGACGACGAGCACCGCGCCGAAUCCUCACUCGCGAAAAACGCGAGUCUCCCCCCCCCCCUCCCCGACGAAAUGAAUGAGGAGACGUCGCCGCGCAGUUAUAAAUUGCAAAGCGCCGCGCCGCCGCGCCAACAAUAAGCCACGUGCUGAUGCACGCGCGCCUCCGGUCACCUCCUUUUCGCGUGCGCGCCGCGAGAUAAACCAGCUGAUUCAAUAUUGCAACACUUCCUAAUAAUUCAGGAUUCAAUUUAUCGAGGAGCUGCGAGAUCAAAGCGCCCGCACGUAGUAACUUUCAUUGAAUUAGCUUUGGAAAUGUCACGAUUAAUUAUUUUAAUCCACGAGCGUUUUGACGAGCGUUAAGAAACGAGCGUUUAAUUUAAAUAUAUAAUAAAUAUUUAUAAUUUUAGAUUAUAAAGUUUCAGCUAAUUGGAAAUUCUGUUUAAGCGAGUUUUCUGGAAUUGCAGGAUCUGCGUUAUAUUCGCAUUUAAUGCACCAAACUAAUCCUAAUAUCUGUUUUCAUCUAAUUAAAUUUACGAUGAAUUUGAUACAUGUUACUAUUCGAAAGUGGAGAUAUCGUGGUAUUUAAAUUCUAAAACCGGUUUAUCCGCAGCCUGAAAAUUUUUUUGAAAAAUUAUGAAGGUACGAAGAUGAGCUAAUCCUACAGCUAUUUCUCUUUAAAUUCACAAUGAAAUAUACGUUACUUUUCGAAAGUGGAGAUAUCAUGGUAUUCUAAUUUCAAAAUCGGUUUACCCGUAGAUUCGCAAAAAAUUAUACGGUGAUUGAUACAGGUACAAAGAUGAAGCCAAACGGCUCGUUGAUCAUGAACGGCUGGUCCCCCCGGUCUCCACACGAAUAGAAACGCCGAAGGUGUGUGCGCGUUAAUGUAACCGGCGAUACAAAAAUAUCAUCUCUCAUCUCCGGCUGUGAAUAUACCUAGACGAAUUCACUUUAUGAUCGCUCCGUCGUCCGAUGUUUUCAUCUGGCUUAAGCGAGAGCCAACACUUAUCCCACUCCGUCGAGCGACGAGCGAGACUCGUUUUCGAUGAUAUGAAACUAAUAAUUACGUGAUUAACCGACUGUGUUAUAAAAUCCAAAUAAGAAAUACCGCGUCGCCGCGGUUAUCACGCGGCGUAAUCAUACGUAUUAUUGUCACCUGUCGCGAAGCGCUCGGCGAGUCUCUUAAUUAUCUUUUCGCGGUAAUUGGAUAGUAGGCGGCCUCAGGGGGGUAUUCGUAAACACUCCGUAUUGCAAGUCACUUUUGCCUGUCGUAUACAAUAGGGAGUUAAGUCCGGCGGAAUGAGCGUGCGAAAAAAAAAAGAAAAAUAUAUUCUUGCAGUGCGCAGGAUGCGCGCUCGGCUUUCAUCGAUAAGCACGCGGAACGACGCGUUCCCGCUCAAAGAGCACACCCGGUAGAACGAUCGGUGCGUGCUUCCGCGGUAUGACCGUGCGCAGACCGCGUAUAUCCUCGAUCCAUUAUUAAUUUCAGAGUGACGCACUCAAGGUGCACGUGCACCCGUCCACGUGUAGGUGUUAGUCGGCUAGCGAGCAAUACGAUAUCGCGCGAUACACCGGGCAACCUCGUGCGAAACCUCGGGCGAACGGCGUGGGAUGAGCUUAACAAAUGAUUGAUAAAGCAGGAUCGUGGCCUCGGGCCGUCUUAAAGCAGCUCGACCGCUUAGGUAAGCAAUAUCACCAUGCACCUAUCGCGAAACCUCUCGACAACGAUCCUCCCGAAACUCGGGCACUAGGGAGGUCGACGAUAAGUCUAUUCUUUCCGGGAAAUUGAAUUUCAGAAUGAAGUGGGUUUUUAAGAAGUAGCGGCGAUAAAGCUUCGCAAUAUGCGUGCGGUUAUAGCUUAUUUUGUCCAGCCCAGCGCGGCAAUACAAUUACGGGGCUGUAGAGAUAAUAAAUUUAUGGCAUAAUAAAUCGUCCAUUAAUUCCAUGUUAUUCAGUCAUUUCUAAUAAUUGCAAACAGAUCGAUUACUCGUCCAUUAACCCAAUCAACGGAUUCCUGCUUAAUUAAACAGGAAUCCAGAACAGAAAAUGUAGGGAAAGAGGCAUUACCAAUAACGUCCCCGACAUAGAGAUCCGUUUCGCCCCACGGAUUAAACGUUCCGAUUCGGUAAUGACCAAGUGGUUGACGCGCCGCAAAUUGUCAUCAAAGUUAAAUCAAAAUAAAAUUAAAAAAAAGAAUAUUCGUUUAUUUCAUGCGUAACCGUUCGCGUGUUUCGACCGAUUUCUCGCUGAUCAAAAAAAAAAAAUGUUCGUUUAUUUCAUGCGUAACCGUUUCGCAUAUUUUUUUUAACCGAUUCCACAUUAAUAAAAGAAGAAUGUCCGUCUAUUUCAUGCGUAACUGUUUCGCAUAUUUUGACCGAUUCCACGUUAAUAAAACAGAACGUUCGUUUAUCUCAUGCGUCACCGUUUCGCGUGUUUUUAACCGAUCCCGCAUGUCCGACCACUUGCUAAAGACUUAUUCUUCGCCACAUAUCAAUUCGUGCGUAAUAAUCGAUCGCCCCUACGAUCUCGGCGCGUCGAGAGGAAAAUUUCGCUGCAUGCGAGAUCAUUACUAAACGUCACGCUCAAUACGCCGCGAAUGUCUACCGUGCAUCGUAAUUGCAAUUACGAUUAGCACAAUUUUCAUCGUUCCCCCCUUCCCCCCUCCCCCUCCUCCUCACCUCUUCGUCAAGCUGUCGGUGCCUACUUGAGAGAGCGAUCGUCUCCGCGUCGAUCAAAUUAUUAUCACGCUCGAGGAGUAUCGACUUCAUCGAUCGCUCGAAAUAUUCUCGUCCUUCGCCUCGUAAUGACCGACAGGAAGUGCACUUUGGAUCUUUAUCGGCGCCAUAAACGUUCCGUAUAUAAUAGAUAUAAUUCAGCCCGGCAUCUGAUUACACGAUCUGCUGACUCUUCUCGUCCAAUGAACCUCCUCCGAGGUCGCCGACAACGUCGCGCGGCUUCCUUUUUCGUUGCCUCGAUCAUGUGUUUUCAAUUGGUCCGUCCCUCGGUCUCUUCUUCUUGUUUCUUCGCGGAAUCGCAUCUCGUUCGCGAUCGCGGCAGCGAGACGCGUCGCGAGAAAACCGGGUCGACGAACCACGAAAGUCCUGGCGAAAAUGAUCCCGCCACGGCUACGCCAAUUUUAUCCUUCCGCCAGCUGCGAACCUGCGCGCGCUUUUUUUCCUUCUCCUCGUUUAUUUCUCGUUAGGUCCGAUUUCUCACGAACGGCGGAAUGAAUCCGAGAAGAGAGAAGCGCCAUGCAGCGCGCGAUCGAAAUAUCUCCGACCGUCAGGACCGAGGAUCAUUAGCGGGUAAUAAAAUCCACGAGGUGCUGUGCACGAAUGCGUGUCCGAAGCGUCGGUUUCUUCUCAAUCGCGUGAUAUUGCGUGAUGAUUUUUCGGUGCUUGGCACAAAACACGAAUCAAACAAGCUGUAGUAACGCAACAGCGAUUUUUCGUGUAUCAUCUUCUUAGAUCACGAAAAAUAUCAACGAUAUCAGCUGCUCCGGUUUGUCUUCGAGAUUAUUACAUGAAGUGAAAAGUAAAAGCACUAGUCUUCUAUUACUUUUUAUGUACUUUGUAUUCAAGAACUAUAAGUAAUACAUAUUGCAAUGAAUUGAAGUGAAAAAAAUAUAACUUGUUUUCCGUGAACAUAAUUAAACAAUGACGUAACGUAAAUGAGAGACAGGGAAGUAUUGCAUUAUUUCAAGCUGUUAAAUUAUUUAACAGCUUUUAAAUUGUCUUGUAAUAUUCGCGUUUUAAAUUAACAUAGUUGUAUAUAUGUAGCUUUUGAAUUAAUGGAAUUUCCUUUAAGCUCGCGCAAUAUAUAAGGUCCGUUAGAAGUCGAUGUUAAGUACAAAUGACAAAAUGGGAUAAAGGAGUUAACUGUCAACGCAUUAAAUCUGUCCUUUCUAUCAAACCCCGAGGCUCAUGGAUGCGAUCCUUUCCCCUCGCGGAUUUAAAAGCUUACCGCUUUUCCAUAUGUCAUCGACGUUUGCAUCACUUUUCCAAGCCUGGCCAAUAACAAAAACUAACGAAACAGUAAACAUUUCAUAUUGUAGUGAGAAAUGUUUACAAUAAUUGUAAUUUAACGUAUAUAAAAAAUUAAGAAACAGUAUUGAUUUAAAUUAAAUUGUAUUGUCAUUAAUAUAGAAUGAUUUAUUUAAUAAAAUAUAAACUACAUGAUAUGAAAAAUUAAAAAGUAUUAAACGUUAUAUCAAACACUAUUAUUGAUACACCCUCCAGUUUUUUAUUUUAGCUAAUCAUACUCAAGUAGUAAAAAAAGCUGUCGAAAAAAACAGAUUUCUUAUUUUAUUUCUGUUAUCUUUACACUUAAUUUUAUUGACAUCUCACUGCAUCGUGAUGUGAUUUCACAAAUAAUGCUCACAAAUAACUUUAUUUAUCAAUGUUAUUAGUAAUAAUUUGUGGAUGACAGUUAAACGUAGAGAGACAUUGUAUUGCUCGGUAACAGCCGCGGAAUGCGAGUAAUGAAAGCAAGGUUGAUCCCAAGGAGAUCGCAAAUGAUAAUUCCCAAUCGAUUAUAUGCGUGCGUUCCAGUUUUCUCUAGCUCGCAAAUUUUUCGACAUUUCUUUCUGCCACGCAGCCGGUCGAGUGAAAGUCCCUGUAUGCACAACAUUUUUCGCAUGCCAGAUCUAAAUCCUGUUCACAGACAAUUCAAGUUUUCGUGAUAUCUCCCUAUAUCAGUUGGUCACUGUAAAUACUCGAAUCAGGCUGUCUUAGAAUUUAAUAAUUAAUUAAAAUCAAUUUAUCAUAUCAAUUUCUUAAAAGAAGUUCAGUUGUCAGGGCUUGUCACUUGUAUAAUAAAAUAUGAUAUUAUUAUUUAAUGCCAUGUCAUGCUUAUGCAUAUAAUUUUCUAGAAACUUAAUUAAUUAUUAAUUCUUACUUUUUGUGAAUAAGCGAUUACAUCUUUACGCGUCACCAUACAAAUGAUGGGAUGAUUUAACGCGAUAUAGCGUAAGCUUACAUAUAGCCACAGGUUUACGCUGCGGUUGCAAUUAACAUUACGAUGGAUGAUAAUUUAGCCAGAGGUCAGGAGCGAGGAUCAGAAAUAUUAUAUCAUAGAAAAACGGUAAAGUUUAUUAGUCAAUUUAGCAGAGGGGGCCUUAACGGUCACGCGGAACAAAAAGACGAAGGCGAGGUGCGCGGAGAUAAGAGCGCGAUAUUGAACUGGAGGAAUCUUGAGGUCGCGGCUGGAUGCGGACGCGUGUGAUCUUUGACUCGCGACACCGUUGGCUCUUUCAGGGAUCAUUAAUUUCGUGCGAUUCGAUUCCGACGGAGUCAGCCGUUUGUGCGGCCUCGCGUCGCGCCGCCGUAAAAAAGAAAUCUAGCGAUUGAGCCAUCGAUUCUUUCCCGAUUUUUCGAAUUCCACUUUUUGCUGAUAAUUAUCGAUUACCGUUCAGCCGAAUUCCACGACAACGAUCUUGUACAUAUGUACCGAGCAUAAAUCGACGUAUAGAAUAUUAAUGUAUGCGAAGGCAUGUCGUGGCCUAAUCGCUGAACUCUGUAUCCCAGAAAAAGAAACAAAGGGGUUUCGAAAUAACAAUCCUUUUACGAUUUCUGUUAUAUGAUUAGCGCAGUAACACACGAUGUAAAUUUAAAAAACUUAAUUAUAAGUAUCAUCGCGUAGUAUCAUCUUUUUUCCCCAUUCCAAUAUUUUAAAUGCAAUCGACAGUAUAAUUAUUAUAUAUAUUCUAAAAUAGAGAGCUUCUCUCGACACGCUAAUAAAUUAAGCAUUAUUAUAUUUUUUUUCUUGUAAAAAUCUAUUUUCUUAUUAUCUAAAUUAAUAAAAU